UAUUACAUAUACAUUACAAUCUCAACAUCAUCCUCAGAGUGCAUUAUGGCUACCUCUACCGCGAUGAAGCUUACUUUGGUCGCUCUCUUGUGCAUGGUGGUUGCUUUGCCCAUAGCUCAAGCCAUCACAUGCGGCCAAGUUGCGAGCAACGUUGCACCAUGCGCAAGCUACGUGACGAGUGGCGGUGCUGUCCCUGCCGCUUGCUGCAACGGAGUUAAGACCCUCAACUCCAUGGCUAAGACCACCAGUGACCGCCAGGCCGCCUGCAAUUGCCUCAAACAGGUUGCCGGUGGAAUCAAAGGACUCAACCCUAACCUUGCAUCUGGGCUUCCAGGCAAGUGCGGAGUUAGCGUUCCAUGGAAGAUCAGCACCUCCACCAACUGCGCCAGCGUGAAAUGAUCAGCUAAGUGAUGGACAGUGAACUUCCGAUGACAUGAUCGAAGUGAUAGUAUCGAUCGUUAAAUAAAGUGGGGGUGAUUCCAUCCUUAGUGUAGCAUUAGCAAAAGUUACUCUACAUAUAUGUCAUCUACUAUCGCUGUAUUCUACUCGUCUAUUUAUUAAUCAAUCCUACGAGUU